AUGGCCAGUUUUGUGGACUUGGAUAAAGAAGGCCAGUCAAACCGCCUAGAGAUUGACCUCUAUCAGAAUUGGAACCAUGAAACGACUGUCAUGUCCGGUUCUUUCAAGUCAUACGGAGCGAAAGAGAACGGUAGUGCAAUCUUCGAUAGUAAAAGAUCUGGAUACUCGGUAACAGCCGACCGGCUACUCUGGUUGGAUGGAUGGGAGAAAACAACAUUCGAAGGUGCCACACCCAUACGCCACCAGGAAAUGACUUUAGUGAAAUUUGGAUCUGCCAACAUCACCUUGGCAUUCGAAGGCGGCGAUGAGACAACGUCCGAUCCAAGGGACAUACCGGAGGUACAAGCAUGGGCGCCUUUCAAUACAACUGAGAGAUACAACGCCUCGAAAGCUUCUCACACUAAAUCUAGCAAGACGGAGAUCGGCGCUCAGGGUGGAUACUCUGGUUUCGAACUAUCCAGCAAUCGGAGCAACGAGCAUGAGAUAUCAUGGGAUCAAACUGUGUUCGACCGAGGAAGCUCGACCCCAGUCAUUGGCCAGCUUGGUCGACGGAACGGAGUCACCUGGGUUCUUGAACAAAACGAAUUGCAGAAUGCGGGCGUCCAGCAGACGUUUAAUGUCGCAGUCCUCAUUUCACGACAAACGCGUGAGCCGUAUUUGGUCAAGUUUGACAUCGAAGCUCGGGUUGGCACCAUGGAAGAUUUCAAGAACAGAACUAAGGCAUUUUUCGGAUCAAACCCGGGGAAAACCAAGCCCUAUCUUGUGACCCCCUGGAAACAGAAGGUUUGCAAUUACGAGGGUGUAAAUAUGUUGAAAUGUAUCGACCUCGAUAACCUUGGGAGAUUGCAGAACCACCAAAAGAGCUCCAGCUUGCAGCUGAGCUGGGAACUCAGCCCUCAAGUCGAGAUAGAAGAUGUGGCUACCGUCAAGCAUACUGAAGGAUUGUUGGGCGACAACCAGGCGGCGGAACAAGUACGACACAGCUUUGCAGAGGUGGCGAUGUCGGCUUCGCUGAAAACUCCUGGCGGUACACAUACCGAAACACCGCUUCUAUCCGUGUCCAGAUCCACUGCGGCUGAUCUCGCUGCCUCUGUCGAUUUGGCUAGAUUCACAGCGCUCGAGGCUCGCGUCGAAGAGCUCGAAACUCGUCUUGCUUCACAGGAUAAACUGAUGCUUCGAAUGCAACAAGCGCUUGCUCAGGAGCGUGAUGCGUGA